AUAUCUGUUAAUACAAACGAGCCAUUUGGUUGAAUGGUUAAGCCACAUCAUAAACUAGAAAAGAUCUUCCGCAAUCAUGCCUGUUGACGCCCAAGAAGCCCAAGUCCUGAAGGACAUUGCCACCAAGUUGCGAAUCCACUCGGUGGAAUCUACUUCGGCUGCUGGAUCCGGCCAUCCAACCUCAUGCUCAUCCAUGGCCGAUAUCAUGAGCGUCUUGUUCUUCAACACCAUGAAGUAUGAUGUGGCUGAACCCAAGAGCGCCUCCAACGAUCGCUUCGUUCUGUCCAAGGGCCAUGCGGCUCCCAUUUUGUAUGCGGCUUGGGCCGAAGCCGGUCUUUUUCCGGUGAGCGAGUUGCAAAAGCUCCGCAAGUUGGACUCUGAUCUCGAGGGUCAUCCCACCCCUAGGCUGAACUUUAUCGAUGUGGCCACUGGAUCCCUCGGACAGGGCCUGUCCGUGGCUUGCGGUAUGGCUUAUGUGGGCAAGAACUUGGACAAGGCACCCUAUCGUACCUAUUGCUUGAUGGGGGAUGGCGAGUCCAUGGAGGGAAACGUAUGGGAGGCCAUGACCUUUGCUGGUUUCUACAAGUUGGAUAACUUGUGUGCCAUUAUUGAUGUGAAUCGUUUGGGACAAAGCGAUCCCACUCCUUUGCAACACGACAUGGAACAGUACAAGAAUCGAGUGGAGAGCUUCGGCUUCCACGGCAUCGUGGUUGAUGGCCAUGACAUCAACGAGCUCGUCAAGGCCUUUGACGAGGCUGCCAAUACCAAAGGGAAGCCCACUUGCAUUUUGGCCAAGACCUUCAAAGGUCACGAUUUCCCCGAGAUUGCCGACCUGAUGAAUUGGCAUGGAAAGGCCCUGGGAGAUAAAAGCGCCUCCGUGGUCGAGCACUUGAAGGGUCUUCUCCAGAACGCCAGUGCUCCCAACCCUAAGAUUGAGGGUCCAUCGGGUGCGGCUCCGGAUGUGAGCAUUAAGGACGUGAAAUUGUCUUCGCCGCCUAAUUACAAGCUCGGAGAUGCUUUGGCCACCCGUCAAGCCUAUGGCACGGCCUUGGCCAAGGUGUGCGAAAACAAUCCCCGUGUGAUCGCUUUGGAUGGGGACAUGAAGAACUCGACCUUCUCGCAGAAUGUGACCAAGCAAUUCCCCGAACGAUACAUCGAAUGCUUUAUCUGCGAGCAGAAUUUGGUUGGCGUUGGGAUUGGAGCGGCUUGCCGUGACCGAACUGUGGCUUUCGUGUCUACAUUCGCGUGUUUCUUAACCCGAGCCUUCGAUAACUUCCGAAUGGGCGUGAUCUCUCAGACCAACAUCAAUGUGGCUGGAUCUCAUUGUGGAGUGUCGAUUGGUGAGGAUGGUCCUUCUCAAAUGGCCUUGGAGGACUUGGCCAUGUUCAGAACUCUUCCUGGCGCCACUGUGUUUUAUCCCUCGGAUGCCGUGGCCACGGAAAGGGCCGUUGAAUUGGCUGCCAAUACCAAGGGCAUUACAUUCAUUCGUCUGAGUCGUCCCGCCACGACCAUUGUUUACGCGAAUGACGAAGUCUUUGAGAUCGGAAAGGCCAAGGUCGUUAAACAAUCCGAUUCCGACAAGGUGUUGGUCGUGGCCGCUGGAGUUACCUUAGAUGAAGCUGUGAAGGCUGCCAAGAAUUUGGAGGCUUCCGGUGUGAAUGUGCGUGUUCUGGAUCCCUUCACUGUCAAACCCUUGGACGCUGAAGGAGUGAUCAAGAAUGCUUUGGAAUGUGGUGGACGGAUCGUGACGGUCGAAGAUCACUACCCCGAGGGUGGAAUUGGUAGUGCUGUGGCUGAUGUGGUGUCUGGUCGUCGGGAUAUCGUGCUGAAGAAGCUCUGCGUCCAAGAAGUACCCAGAUCUGGACCUCCCAAGAUACUGAUCGAGAAGUACGGCAUUGGCGCUGAUUCGAUCGUGAAAGCGGUUAACGAGAUCAAGGAUGCUUAAACCAGUGUGAUGGAUCGCCCCUCUACAAAGUUUUCAUUUUCUUAAUUUUAAGCUGUAAUCAUCAUAACUUAUCCAUUCCUCUCAUAUCCUCUCAAAUUGUAUUGAAAAGUCGCCGAUGAUACGAAUGACAUACACAAUUAUAUUCCUCAAAAAAAGCAAGAA